AUGUCUCUCCCCAAAACCUACAAAGCCGCAUCCUUUGACAACAGUGGCUCCAAGCUCGCCAUCAAAGAAGUCGAACUUCAGCAACCUGGCCCAGGCUUCAUCUUGGUCAAAGUCCUUGCAUGCGGCGUCUGCCACUCUGAUUCGUGGAUGCGGCAAGGUCGUUUUGGAGAUUUAUUUCCUCGUGUACCGGGCCAUGAAGCCGUUGGAGACGUCGUUGCUGUCGGUGAUGGCGUUAAGAACGUCAAGGUUGGUGAACGAGUUGGUGGUGCCUGGCAUGGCGGUCAUGACGGAACAUGCCGCUCCUGUCAGACAGGACUGUUUCAACUGUGUAGCAACGGUGUCAUUAACGGCGUGACCAUGGAUGGUGGUUACGCUGAAUAUGUCUUGCUUCACGCCGAAGCUGCCGUUCGAAUCCCUUCCGACGCAGACCCAGCUGAAGUCGCUCCUCUCCUCUGCGCUGGAGUCACUGUCUUCAACGCCAUUCGCAACAUGGGUGUACUCCAAGGCGGACUUGUUGCCGUCCAGGGUCUGGGAGGACUGGGUCACCUGGCGCUCCAGUAUGCUUCCAAGAUGGGAUAUACAGUCGUUGCGAUGAGUGCUGGGAGCGAGAAGAAGGAUUUUGCAAUGAAGCUAGGUGCCCAUCAUUACAUCGACUCCAGGAAAGGCGACCCCUGUGAUGCGUUGCAGAAGCUUGGAGGCGCUAAUAUGAUCCUGUCAACGGCGCCAAACGCAGAGGCAGUCAGCCCUCUUACUGCCGGUCUUGCGCCUCAGGGCAAAUUAGUUGUUCUGUCACCUCUUGGCCCCGUUGAGUUCAAUACCGUUCACAUGAUCAUGAAAGGUCUCAGCGUGCAUGGUUGGAAUACUGGACAUCAACAGGAUUCGGAGGAUGCUAUUGCGUUUGCGCAUACGCAUGGUAUCAAGUGUAUCAUUGAGAAGUUUGACUUUGCGACGGAGCACCGAGAGGCUUUUGAGAAGAUGGAGAGCGGAAAGUUACUUAUACGACAUGUAUUGGGAGACUACCGUGAAGCAGAAAAGGGAGGAUCGCGAUGCGAACCUCUUUUCGAAACUGCUCUUGAACGCGCGAAAUAUCUCGAUGAGUACCUCAAAAAGCACCAAAAGCUCAUCGGUCCUCUUCACGGCAUUCCGGUCUCAGUAAAAGAUCAAUUCAACAUCGCAGGCGUCGAUACAACUCUAGGCUAUGUUGGUCGCUCAUUCAAGCCCGCCAGCGACAAUGCCGUCAUGGUGACUAUCCUCGAGAAUCUUGGUGCAAUCAUUAUAACCAAGACAGUCAUUCCUCAAAGCAUCAUGUAUGGUGAGACUGAAAGCCCUCUCUGGGGACUGACUACAUAUCCCGGAAAACCCGAGCUUUCGCCAGGUGGUUCAUCAGGUGGCGAGGCUACUCUGAUGCGAAUGUCUGGAUCACUUGGUGGUUGGGCAACUGAUAUUGGAGGCUCAAUUCGUGUUCCAAGUCACUUAUGCGGUCUUUUCGGACUGAAGCCUUCGUCUGGUCGGUUCUCAUACUCCGGUGCAGCGAACUCUCACGAGGGACAGUCUCAUGUUCCUUCAUCAAUUGGUCCCAUGAGUCCAGUGCUCUCGAACCUUAUCACCUUGACCAAAGAAUGUCUACUCGCAGAACCGUGGAGGCUCGACCCAAACGUCGUCCCCAUUCCAUGGCGACAACACGAUUUCUACAAUGUUCAGAAGCGAAAACUCACAAUCGGUGUCAUUCUAGACGAUGGGGUCGUGAGACCUCAUCCAGAAAUCCAAGAAGCUGUGCACCGUGCAGUAGCAAUAUUCGAAAAGGCAGGGCAUAAAGUCAUUCCGUGGAGUACAGCAGAUCAUUCAAGCUGCAUCGAAAUUCAAGACCAAUUCUACCGUGCAGAUGGUGGAGAGGAUAUCAAGACUGAGGUCGCAGUCGCAGGCGAGCCGAUGAUUGCCCAUGUCGAGGCGCUCGUCAACUCGUCCAAACCUAUAUCGGUGUAUGAGUACUGGCAACUCAACCGUCGCAAGACAGCGGCCCAAGAAGCUUACAACAAGAAGUGGAAUGCCGCUGACGAAGGAUCAUGUGUCGACGUUAUAAUCAGUUCAGUAUCGCCUCAUACGGCUGUCCCGCAUAGGUCGAGCCGAUGGACCGGCUAUGCCAAGAUAUGGAACUUCCUUGACUACACAGCCAUGUCGUUUCCAUUCGCAAAAUUCGGAAAGUCUGAAGAUUCAACAUCGUCUGAUGUUUAUGUCGCUGCAACUGAGGAAGCGCGUCAUAGUUACUUGCAUGAGUAUGCGCCUCGCAAUGCGAUUGAUGAGUGGAUACGGGGACUCUACGAUCCUGAGGCAAUGCAAGGGCUUGACAUUGGAGUACAGAUCAUUGGAAGGAGAUAUGAAGAGGAAAAGGUUUGCGAUUCGCUAGGUUACAUAUUUGGUUCAUAUUUCCGUCAGAUAGAGUUCUUACAGGUUUACACGAGUAAGAAACCUACUCGGAGAAAAUCAUAUGAUACGCUGCAAAUGUCCGAGAAUAAGGAGAUCAUCCAUAAGCCGAAGUCUAUUCUCACAAUUGCCUUUAAUCGCCUGUACUACUACAAUGGCAUCAUAACUCUAUCUAUCAUGAUUGACGAUGCACCAUCCAUUCCGCUAUCUGCGGAGAAAUCCCGCGUCUCGAUGUCACCAUCUCUCCUAACCCCGAUAGGAAACCCCUAG